CCUGCUUCUCACAACAACACUGUGACAACUAAUUUAAUUCACUGUGAAUAACCAUGAAAGAGGUGAGCUUCAUCUGGGUGCUUCUGAUGCUGCUGAGGAGCUCUUCAUCUGCUGUGAAUCCUUGUUGCUACUACCCCUGUGAGAACUCAGGAGUGUGUGUGCGAUUCGGACCAGAAGAUUAUAAAUGUGACUGCACUCGCACCGGCUUCAAUGGACAAAACUGCACCAAUCCCGAAUUCUGGACCAGAAUUUAUCUGAUGCUGAAGCCGAGCCCCACUGUGGUCCACUUCAUCCUGACCCAUUUCAAGUGGUUCUGGGACCUGGUUAACAAGACUUUCCUGCGAGGCACCAUCAUGAGAAUAGUCCUGACUGUGAGAAAUGAACUUGUUCCAACUCCUCCAACCUACAAUACCAAAUACGGGUACCUCAGCUGGGAAUCCUACCAGAACACCUCCUACUACACCCGACUCCUUCCUCCUGUACCUGAAGACUGUCCUCUCCCAAUGGGGACUAAAGGUAAACUUGUUCUUCCUGACGUCAUAAUGUUGACUGAAAGAUUUUUAAAAAGGCAGAAAUUUAGGCCAGAUCCUCAGGGCACCAAUUUGAUGUUUGCCUUCAUGGCCCAACACUUCACCCAUCAGUUCUUCAAGACAAGUCACAAAAGUAAAGGAGGCUUCACCAAAGCAUUGGGGCAUGGGGUAGAUGCAAGCAACAUCUAUGGAGAAGACCUUAAACGGCAGCAUCAGCUUCGGCUUCAUGAAGAUGGGAAGCUAAAAUAUCAGUUGAUAAGUGGUGAGAUGUACCCUCCUAAAGUGUCAGAGGUCCCUGUGCACAUGGUGUACCCUGAAGAUCUCCCUGCUGAACAACGCCUGGCCAUCGGUCAGGAGAUGUUCGGCCUCCUGCCGGGCCUCAGCAUGUACGCCACCAUCUGGCUGAGGGAGCAUAACAGAGUCUGUGACGUCCUGAAGGCUGAACAUCCCACAUGGGAUGACGAACAGCUUUUCCAAACCACCAGACUCAUCAUUAUUGGUGAGAUAAUCAACAUCAUAAUUGAAGAGUAUGUGCAGCACCUGAGCGGUUACAACCUGAAGCUUACGUAUGACCCCUCCCUGCUCUUCAACGUGCGCUUCCAGUACACUAAUCGCAUCGCCCUGGAGUUCUGCCAUCUCUACCACUGGCACCCACUGAUGCCAGACAGCUUUCUCAUCGACGGAGAUGAAAUCCCAUACUCCCAGUUUUUAUACAACACCACUGUCCUUGUGCAUUACGGUGUGGAGAAGCUGGUGGAUGCUUUCUCUCGGCAGCCUGCAGGACAAAUUGGGGGAGGUCGCAACAUCCAUGAGUUGGUGCUUAGAGUGGCACAAACGAUAAUCACAGAGGGCAGAUCUGCUCGGCUGCAGCCUUUCAAUCAAUACAGGAAAAAAUUCAACCUGAAGCCGUACGCAUCCUUCUCUGAGUUAACUGAUGACACAGAGAUGGCUCAUGGUUUGGAGGAACUCUAUGGAGACAUAGAUGCUCUGGAGUUUUAUCCUGGUCUCAUGCUGGAGAAAACUCGCCCUAAUUCCAUUUUUGGUGAGAGCAUGGUGGAGAUGGGUGCUCCGUUCUCCCUGAAAGGCCUGUUUGGAAACCCCAUCAACUCCCCUGAGUACUGGAAGCCCAGCACCUUUGGAGGUGAGACGGGCUUCAGCAUCGUCAAAACGUCAACCCUGAAGAAACUGGUGUGUCUCAACACCAAGUGGUGUCCAUAUGUGGACUUCCAUGUACCAGGGAAAGAGGAGGAGGCAGAACCGAGGAAACCUUUAAUGGAACUUUGA